GUUCCUUUUGUGUCACAGCUUUGUUUUCAGACUUCUAAGAUACAUAUCAAUAUUGUCAUUAUUCCUUGUAUUUUUUCUAAAUACCUUCUACACAUGCACAAUGCUAGCGUUUGGUCCGUCAUUCUUCACCCUGGGCGUCGCUUUGUUUUUGCUCACGGACGCGCAAACGCUUCCCAGCGUUUCACCUGAACCAGGGCGGCAAACCACCACCACGGAUGGAACGGCGCGGGAAAACAGUUCCAUCACUGAAAUGUCCACCACUGCAAAGUACAACAGCAGCAACACGAGCAGUACUAGCAUGGGCUAUGCUAACACCACCACAACCAUCAUUACCUGGACUCAACUAACUAGUGAUGGCCCUGAUACCACGAGGACUACAGUCACCACCACAAAAAUGAAAGACCAGAAAGACAAACGUACCACAGCAAAGCCUUUUAUGAAGAAAACUUAUGACAGCACUGGCAUCAUUGUUCUGGUUUUGAUCAUCAUCAUCGCCAUCGGAUUCUCCCUGGCUUGCUGCUUUGUGAGGAGACGACAAAGGCGUUAUUCUGUGGACUUCCACUCAAGGCCCGAUGAAGCUAACGUCCCCCUCAGUACUGUGGAGCCUGAAGCACCUGUUGAUAGUGCGUCACAUAACGGUUUGCAAACCUUCCAAAGCGACAGGAAAGGUGCCAAAGACGUAGGGGAAGAACAAGAGGAGCCGGAUGGGCACAAAACUGAAGCAGUGGACAGUCAGCAGCAGCAGGCCGACUCUGCAUCUACGACUCCACCUGCAGACGACUCGGAGAACAAACCCGCAGACGACUCGGAGAACAAACCCAAAGACGACGUUGACGCCGAGAAAGGUCUUCGGACACCUGAGGAGCCGGCAGAAGACCACGUCACCGACCGAAGCUUAGACGGAACUCCAAAGGCGACCAAUGAGAACAACAGCAACAAUACUCGUGAGAACCCCAGGAAAACAAAUUCCCAGUUGUCCAGCUUCUUUUGGGAGGUUUCCCUCGACAGCCAGCUGUGAGACGUGAUCUUCAGAAACACGACUGAACGACUGCAAAGAUCAAAGAGGUUUAUUUGUCCUAAUACCAAAUCUACACAAAAUAAUGUUACUAAAAUGUCUGGGAAAGUCUUUACAUUAACUUCAGCCUUUUACUGCUGUAUAAAAAAGCUAGUUUGCGCUUUAUAGCUGUGUAUUUGCUCUGCAUGUCACCUCCUCAUGAAAGGCUUGUAAGUCCAA